CUCCUAUGUGGCCUAAUCUUUUGCAAAGAAAUUCAACUUGUGUCUUCAACCUUUGCCCACAUUAUUGUGCAUGCCUUUCAGACAUUUGAACUAGUUUGGGAAGAGGUAUGUGCUGACAUACGGAGAAGGUGUCCUCUCAAGUCGAGUCACUGUCCCUUCAAUUCGAGCAGCAAUGUCCAAAAUACUGAAGCCAAAUCCCAAAUUGGCUGAUUUGAUUCAUAAAAGAUGCUCAAGAUUGAGUAAUUGGUAUGGAUUAAUACCAACACUUUUUCCUAAUGCGAAGUAUGUCUAUGGGAUAUUAACUGGGUCAAUGGAGCCGUAUCUGAAAAAGUUGAGGCAUUAAGCAGGGGAGCUGCAUGGUGCUGAUUAUGGUUCUUCUGAAGGUUGGAUUGGAGCAAAUGUCAAUCCAAGUUUGCCUCCUGAGUCGGCUACUUAUGUUGUGCAUCCUAAUAUAGGAUAUUUUGAAUUCCUCCCUCUCAGGUAGAAUGUUGAGGGAUCGGGUACUCUGCCUAGAGGCCAAGCCAGUGGGUUUGACUGAAGUCAAGGUUGGCGAAGAAUAUGAAAUAACUGUCACCAAUUUUGCAGGUAAAAAAGUUGUUGACAAGGAAAGUUAUGGCCUAUGAGUCUGGGAUAUAUUCGUAGUGAAGUAUUUUUUCAACAUGGUUGGCAAAAUUAUGUCAAAGAUAAUUGUGUGGAGUGUGGGGAUUUUUUAGUUUUUAACUAUGAUGUCGAUCAUAAAUUCGACAUUAUGAUUUUUGGGAGAUAUGUGUGUGAGAAGAUAAAAUCUAGUGAUUUUGUGGGCAUGGACAAAGAGGUGAAGAUGGAGGAUGAUGACAUUGUUGGUGUUGAUGUUUCUGAUGAUCAGAGCAACAGUGAAUCUAACAAAGAAGAUAGUGAUGACAGUGAAUAUAAUGCAGGAGAAGAGGAGGAGGAGGAUACAGCAUCAGAAGAAGAAGCAGCAGCAACAACGAUCUUGAUGACGAGACAAGAAAAAAUGUGGAAACAAUGAUCUAAGAAAAGGGCUGCGAAAAAGGAUGGAGUGUGCGAAGGAGCUAAUGAUGUCUUGGCUAGUGUGGAUGUAACAUUGCCAACAAUUAGUCCUAUAAUGAGCAGUGCAUCCAUGCCUGCAACAUUUUAUAUGAAAUUAGGGAUAAUAUAUAAAUUGUGAUACUAAAGAUUUGGUAAAUGUUACCUUUUUUUUGUCUGGCUUGAUAAUAUUACUGGACGCAUAUGACCUCUGAUUUCAAUAAUGUUUUC